GCGGGGAAACCGAAAAUCUGAAAGGCAAGUAUUUCUCCAGGCUUUGUAGCAGAGCAAAUGAGUGCUUUCCGUGUUCGACAAGAGUGGUAGAGAGAGAGAGAGAGAGAGAGGGUCUCAAAUCAAUUACGAAAGCAAAAGAUGGCAUCUUCGAGCCGGAGAGACGACGGGGAUUCUCCACUUCCGGCGAAAGUUCCAACCUUUUUCAAGAUUGUUUUGGACAAAGCUCUUCGAGAUGGCAGGCUUGAAAUUCCACCGGCGUUUGUAAUGAAGAAUGAAGAUUGUCUGCCAGAUUCCGUGUUCCUCAAGGAUCCAACGGGGCGAGUUUGGCGAAUAGAAUCGACAAGGAGAUGUGGCAAGGUGUGGUUGCAAAAGGGCUGGUCAGAAUUUGCAAAAUUUUACUCCCUGAACCAUGGAUACUUGUUGAUGUUUAGCCAUGAAGGUGGUUUUUCGCAUUUCCUAGUGCGCAUUUUUCGAAGGAAUACGUUGGAGAUUGAUUAUCCAAUCAGUUCAAGCCAUGAUGGGGUGCCCAAGUUAUGUGGGGGAUUCCAGCUGCCGAAGAAUGAAGAACAUGGAGAUAAUGUUUCUGUCAAAAUCUUGGAUUCGCCUCGCCCAAAAACAAGAAGCCGUGGGCGCAUGUAUACGGAUGAGGAAAAAACUACGAGGUUAAGUGAUAGAGCCUUUUCGAGAGCUGUGAGUUUCAAAUCUAGCAAUCCGUUUCUCGUGGUCAAAAUGCAGCCAUCAUACAUAGCAAGUCAGCUGAGACUAUCUGUACCGUUUGUCAAGCAAAAUGUCUGUGCAAGAGGCAUUUGCGACAUGAACCUAGAGAUAGCGAGCAGGAGAAGUUGGCCUGUCAAGUGCCGCGUCGGGGUAUACAGGAGAAAACAAUAUGCAAGAGUCUAUGACGGUUGGAAAGCAUUUGUGCGAGAGAAUCGUGUUAAAGUAGGGGAUGCUUGUGUGUUUGAGUUGAUUAACAAGGGUCGCACUCGUAAUGCUACAUUCAAGGUUGGCAUAUACCGAGCUUAAGACACAGAGUUUAUAGCCUU